UCCCGUAGGCAGGCGUCGGUAUAUUCCUUUUGGAAUAGGUCGUGCGCCCUGCUGAUCAGGGUGAGGAAGACAGCUGUGCGGCGUACACUAUAUGGUAGUCGGGUCGCCACUGCCGUCGUUGCCUGAACCAUCGUGUAGAUGGUUCGGCCGGCGUCGGAGAGGCCUGACAUCGUUCGGGCCCAUCACGACUACGAAUGGCUUGGUCACUCUCCCGGACGUAUGUCGUGGUGGGUGGUCUGGUGUCCACCACGAGCGCUUGCGUGGCGCUGUUGAUGCCAUUCCUUUGUUCUAUCGCCUCGGCGAUACAGCGGGGGAUGGUGGAGGUGCAGCGGAAGCGCUCCCAGCCACAUUCGUGUGCUGCCAGUGAUGCUACCCGCCUCUUGGCGCGCGGUGGAGGCAGUACACGAUUUGUGGCGUCGGCGAAGGGCGAGUUGGCCCUCGAAGGAACGUCCUACUUAGUAGCGGAGUCUCCUCGCGGAGGCCUGCGAACGGAAUACUUCUGCGAGGGCCUCUCGCGCUUCUCCGAUAUCGACGGCCAAUAUUUGGGACCCCUUCCUCCUUUGGAGAUUUGUUUUUUACUACUGACAUAUCCUCUAGGUCGCCGUCGUCGGACACCAGGUCAGCUGGCUGCCAUGGGCAUGCGUCGGAUGAGCUCUCCCGUAGGCAGGCGGCGGUCCUCUUCUACUCGGAGAGGCUGUGCGCCUGGUUGAUCAACAUGAGGAAGCC